UUUCUCUCUCUCUCUCCAAAAAAUGACAUCCCCCAAUCACCGCCGCCGGCGACCAAGCUCCGGCCACCGGAGCAUGCCGGACCGCGUUCCUUACUCUCCCAGCUACCCCUCUUCCGAGGUCAGCACAUCCCACCAGUCAACCUCCUCCGGCGGCCGGAGCACCGUUGCCGCCGCCGCCAGGACGGUCGCCGGAAUGUUCACCGCUUGCUUCACGCCGCCGGAAGCCAACAGCUCGAAGAGCCUCGUGGAUUCCGAGGUGUUCAAAUCUUCUUCUGUUGCAUCAAAUGCUUCAAGAGCUGGUAGUCAGAGAGGGCGUGGCUCGAAUCGAGGUAUCAAUGUCAGUUCAUACAACUCAAUCCAAGGGAAAGAGCCUGGCAUUGUGAAGUUCACCAUGGAGGAAAUCUUCAAAGUCACAAGAAACUUCUCACCUUCUUUCAAGAUUGGCCAAGGUGGUUUUGGGGCAGUGUACAAGGCCAAACUCAUGGAUGGAACUGUUGUCGCGGUAAAGCGUGCUAAGAAGAGUGUGUAUGAGAAACAUUUGGGUGUGGAGUUCCAGAGCGAGAUCCAAACACUAUCAAGGGUUGAACAUUUGAACUUGGUCAAGUUCUAUGGAUAUUUAGAGCAAGAGGAUGAAAGAAUUGUUGUUGUGGAGUAUGUUUCAAAUGGAACCCUUAGAGAACAUUUAGAUUGCGUUCAUGGAAACAUUCUGGAGCUUGCUGCUCGUCUAGAAAUUGCAAUUGAUGUGGCCCAUGCUAUCACCUAUCUUCAUAUGUAUAUAGAUCAUCCUAUCAUUCAUAGAGACAUAAAAUCUUCCAACAUUCUCCUCGCCGAAAAUUUUCGAGCUAAGGUAGCGGACUUUGGUUUUGCUAGACAAGCACCUGACAGUGACUCUGGCAUGACCCAUGUAUCCACCCAAGUUAAAGGAACAGCUGGCUACUUGGAUCCUGAAUACUUGAAAACUUAUCAACUAACUGAAAAGAGUGACGUGUAUUCAUUUGGCGUGUUGCUUGUUGAACUUGUCACAGGAAGACGUCCCAUUGAACCAAAAUUUGAACUCAGGGAGCGAAUAACAGCAAAAUGGGCUAUGAAGAGGUUUAUUGAUGGAGAUGCCAUCUCAGUCUUGGAUCCAAGACUGGAUCAGACUGCAGCAAAUAGUUUGGCCCUAGAAAAGAUACUUGAACUAGCUUUACAGUGCUUGGCUCCUCGUAGACAAAAUAGGCCUAACAUGAAGAGAUGUGCUGAGAUCCUUUGGGCCAUCCGCAAGGACUAUAGAGAGCUAGCAGCUUCAGACUUUCGCUCAUUUUCCACUACUUCCCAAAGGAGCACUUCAAUGAAAGAGUGAGAAGGCUAAAGUUCAACUCAAAAGAAUGUAAGUUAGGACAAACCAUAGCAACAGGACAAAACCAUUCUUCUAUGUAAUGAUCAAGCAAACUUUGGUACCUGGGAUGGUCGAUGUUGGACCAGAAUGGCAUGUGCUAGUAAUGGUAUGAAGGAUUUAUGUUAUGUGGAAUUUGUCCGUAAAGAGUUUUGGCUUGUGUAUAGGAACUGGCGAGAAUACUUCCCAUAAAGAUGAGUGUCUUGCUUCCCUUAAUUGUAUUUCUUUUUCUUCUUCUUCUUAUACACGACAAUGAAAAUUUGUAUUUUAUUGAUUGGAAAUUUG